CUCCAAAAUGUGGGUUUCUCAAAGGCAACGAGGUUCUCAUUUCACUUCUGGAUCGCGUGAAACCUGAAGUUCGUGAGUUUAAAGAAAAAUGCAUUUUGGUCACCACCUGGAUCCAGUUCAUGAUCCCCAAAAUUGAGGACGGCAACGACUUCGGGGUGGCGGUUCAGGAGAAAGUGCUGGAACGUAUCACGGCCCUGAAGACCAAAGCUGAAGCCUUCCAAACCACCAUCGCUAA